CCGCAACUAUAAACAAUUGGCAAGUUAACGCUACAUAAAACACACGACUGUAGCAGUAAGAUGAUAUUUAUGCAAUUCUUUUCUAUUUGCCAAUCAUCAGUUUCCACCUAUAUUUUUAUUAAUUAUUCAAUCUGCUCCAUUAUAGAAUAUGCACAGAUCAAACAGUAUUUCAUUGUUCUCCAGACGUUGCACAUCUGCAAAGACAGCAUCGCUUUAGUUAACUGUUCUCACUCACUAUGCUUUUCAAGGAUCACAAGCUUCUUGUCAUUACCGUCAAUAUCUUGGUGAUCGGAUUCAUAAUAUACACAAUAAUCGCUAUCAGUUAAAUGUAAUCGCAAAAACAAAUAUCGUAUAAAUAAAUUACCGUUAUUUUUCAUUACAAAAACAUAGUGGAUUGCAGUAUUUAUUUUAGAACAAUGGGGACUGGGCUCGGAAACUAGACAGCAAAAUAGGGAACUUUUGCCAAAUAAAAGGCUAUAAUGUAAGCUUCUUACUCUUAUUGUACAAGAUAGGCAAGAGCGCAGGAGUCGCAACAAAGGACCUGUUUUGGCAAGAGUAUGCAUGAGUAGCUGCGUAUUUUUGAAACCGAAAAUGUUACAUCUUUUAUAAAUUAGCCUAAUUAAAAAAAAUAUACUUUUUGUGCAGAUUUAUGAUUCGCUUAAUAAAUACUAUGUAAUCAAGUUAUGAGCCGUUCUAUCAAAAUAUGUAACAACGAACUGAUACUUGCCGAAUGCACCUUCACAAUACGUAGUUUGUACUCUUGUGAGAGUUUCACGCAUUCAUACAAUUCCACAGAAGGCGUUUCUGUUUCUGACACUAAGGCGAACGUAUUAGCGAUUGUAGGGGAAUUUUCUUUUGGGAGAUAAACAUUUAACUCGAAACUAAUUUUUCAUUUUUUUAAUAUGUCAUAUUGCACUCAAUUUUCAAGCAUCGCGAAGAAUGGAUCGCAAAGUAGUGAGUAUUUGUCGGGACUGCAAUGCACCGAUCUACCUAUAUUCGCUUGCCAAGGAUCGUGAACACCAGAGACCUUGUUUCGGCGAGUCCGACGAAUAUUGCAGCAACUUAGAGAAUCCACCGGAGCCCUUCUGUAAAAAUGUUAGUUGGUUGUGUGAAAGUUGCUAUUAUUCAACCGCUGAAAGUGUUCAUCAUGAAAACAAUGAUUGCAAGUGCAAAUCGAAAUCACCAAAUCAAAUUGAAACAAGAUACACCAAUUUGCUCGACUUAGACAAGACAUGUUUGGAUUUGGUACAAAGAGCCACUGUCGCAGAAGCCAACAUUUCUGCCACGCAAUACAAAGCGCAUACAUCCAUGCUUAAUCGGCGAGUGGUCAUACCUAUUGCAGCUAUAGCAUUGUCAAUAAUAUUAAUCGGGCUGCUGUUUUUCACUGAAGGAAGGAGUGGAUUCUUCAAAGAAAACAAGAAGUCAAUGCAAGCGGAUGAUAACGUGGGAGGGGGCAAGAUAUUGCGAAUUGUUCCACGUGAUGCCUGGUUAGCCCAGCCGCCUUCAAGUGAUCCGUUACCUUUGGCGACGCCCGUCAAAAAAGUCAUUGUUCUACCUACGCGCACGGAUGAUUGCGAAACGCAGACCACCUGCGUUCACAGGGUGCGCAUGACACAAACUCUAAACAUCGAGUCUCAAAAUCACGAUGAUAUUAUCUACAACUUCCUUAUUGGCGGCGAUGGCAAUGUGUAUGAAGGUCGUGGAUGGGAUGCGAUCGGUGCGCAUUUGCGCGGCUUCAAUUCGGAUAGUAUUAGUUUCGCCUAUAUUGGUACUUUUAAAAAGCAGAAACCUUCGGAAAAGCAAAUGGACGUCACAAAAUUGCUGCUUGCCGAAGGUGUACGACUUGGUAAACUCUCACAAGAUUACAAGAUAUAUGGAGCAUAUAUGUUGGAUCCGACUUCGACGGAUGUUCAGUCGGAUGAGUUGUACAACAGUUUCAAGGGUUGGCCACAUUGGUCUGAAUACGUAUCUAACUAA